AUGAGCGAGAGCCAGCUUGACGAUAGGGAGCUCGAUGGCAAGGACAUUGGGCAGAGGGAGCUGGCCGAGAGGGAGCUGGCCGACAAGCUCGUCUCCUUUGCGAAGGCCGUGACCGGCGGAGAGCCAGACUCUACCAUCCUUCGCAUGCUUAAGGAGUUUGAGUCGGGGGAUCCACCGAGUGAGGACAAUCUUCGCAAAACUGGCGCUGGAAAGGUUGCAGGGAAGCUCCGCAGCAACAGCAACAAGGAGAUCUCCACGGUUGCCGUGAAGGUUGUCGAGAAGUGGAGGAAAAGCGUGGGCAACAAGAGCAAUGCCAAGGGCGAUGCGCGCCUCAAGGCCAAGAUUUCCUCGUCGCGCACCAGUACCCCGUCCAACAACGCCUCCCCCGGUCCUCCCCCGACCCCGUCCGCCAACCAGCCCUACCAGGGAGACACCGAGAAGCGCCACUUCAAGCUGGACAAGGUCGAUCUCAAGCGCACCACUUCUGAGACCCGCAACAACUGCGUCGGCAUGUUGUACAACGGACUCGCCUACCGGUCCACCGACUCUGUCGAGGUGGUGGUCGCAAAGGCUGUGGAGGUAGAGGCUGCUGCCUACAAGCACCUCAAGGGCGAAGGUGCCGAGUACAAGUCAAAGAUAAAGUCCUUGUUCUCGAAUCUCAAGGUCAAGAGCAACCGCGAGCUCGGUCGCAGGGUCAUGUCCGGCGAGAUCUCCGCCGCCGAGUUUGUCAAGAUGAGCCAGGACGAGCUCAAGUCGCAGGAGCUCAGGGAACGCGACAGCAAGCUUGAGAAGGAGAACAUGAACAAGGCCCAGGUUGCUCAGCCCGAGAAGUCCAUCAGCACCGCCCUGACCUGUGGCAAGUGUGGCCAAAAGAAGGUCAGCUACUCUCAGGCUCAGACUCGCAGUGCCGACGAGCCCAUGACCACUUUCUGCGAGUGUCUCGUGUGUGGAAAUCGCUGGAAGUUCUCGUAA